AUGUCCACCACGCCGGUGGAUUUCAUGGCGCAGGGAACCUACCUCGCCGCCCCCGAGCCCUUCUCCCCCUCCAUCUUCCUCGACCUGCCCCCGACGCCGCGCCCCGAUGCCGACGACCCGGCCUCCUCCGACGACCUCGUCCUCCCCUUCAUCUCGCAGAUGCUCAUGGAGCAGGACAUCGACGACCAGUUCUUCUACCAGUUCCCCGACCACCCCGCGCUCCUCAACACCCAGCAGCCGUACUCCCAGAUCCUCUCCGACACCACCGCAUCCGACUCCGCCGCCGCCGCCGCCACCACCACCACCACCACCUCAGGGACCGGCGGCAGCUCUACUGUCUCCCCUUCCUCCUCCUUCGCCCCCGCAUCCGCUGAUCCCACCUCGCCCUACGACUCAUUCGAACUCUCCCAGCUGCUGGGCUCCCCUCCGUACCCCGACAUGGGGGCGGUGCUCGACGACUUCACCGCCGACGAACUCAACGCCCUCUUCUUGCCGGGACAAGAUGGCGGCACCGUCGGGUUCCAGCAGAGUCCGGCGUUCUUGGAUACCGGCGGCGGCGGCGGCGGAGGCCAACGGCUGAUAGCUUCCCUCGUCCCUCAGAACGCCGACGGUGGCGGAGCCCAACGGCAGCGCGCUUCCCUCGCCGCCCAGGACGCCGGUGGCGGCGCGGGCAUCCAGAGGUCGGCAGUCUUGAAUGGCGCAGAGGAGGAGACGAAGACAGAGGCCACCACCUUGCCCGCUGGCGAUGGUGACCACGCCGCGCUGGCCUCGGCCUUCUUCGGUGUCCAGAAUGGGGAAAACAUGGACUUGCUGAACAUGGCAUUCCUCAAAGGCAUGGAAGAGGCCAAGAAGUUCCUGCCUGCCAACAACAGCCUUCUCAUCGACCUCGAGGACACCCUGGGGCAUUCCGAGGCUUUGCCUACUGGCAGCAAGCCAGCUACUGGCUUUGCUGCUGGCCAAGUGAAGGAGGAGGCGGUGGUGGAUGGGAUGUUACUGUUUGGGGGAAGCAGAAGCAGUAAUGGAAGGGGCCGCAAGAACCGCCACACCGAAGAGGACUUGGAGACAGAGACAGGUAGAAACACCAAGGUGAUGAUGCCGGAACAGGAAGAAGCCGGCGCUAGUGAGCUGUACAAUGAAAUAAUGACCAGCGGCCAUGAGGGAUUCUUGAAGCGCAUGCAGGAUCUGCGCAUCGCCAUGGAUAGCGAGUCUGAGAAGAGUGCCACGAGGGUGAGCGGGAAGGGGGCACGGGGGAGGCAGCGGGGGAAUGAGGUUAUCGACCUGCGCACCAUGCUUAUCCACUGUGCACAGUCGGUAGUCACAGGUGAUCGCCGAAGUGCGAUUGAGGUGCUGAGGCAGAUCAAGCAGCACUCCUCGCUCAGAGGGGACGCCACGCAGAGGUUGGCCCAUUGUUUUGCUGAGGGACUGGAGGCACGACUCGCAGGCACAGGGAGCCAGGUGUACCAGUCGCUCAUGGCACAACGCACCUCUGUCGUGGAUUAUCUCAAGGCAUACAAGCUGUUCAUGGCAGCCUCUUGUUUGAAGAAAGUGAAAUUCAUGUUCUCCAACAUGACAAUUUGUCAUACUGUGGCAGGGAGGAGCAAGUUACACAUUGUGGAGUAUGGUGUGCAGCAUGGAUUCCAGUAUCCUGGUUUGCUCCAUUUACUGGCAAAGAGGGAAGGUGGACCUCCAGAGGUGAGGUUCACCGCAAUUGCCGUCCCACAGCCUGGGUUCCGCCCAGCCCACCAGAUUGAGGAAACAGGCCGCCGCCUCAGCAACUGUGCCCGUGAGGUUGGCGUGCCAUUCAAGUUCCACGGCAUCGCAGCAAAGUGGGAGACUGUCCGUGCAAAGGACCUCAAUAUUAAUCCUGAUGAGGUGCUUGUUGUCAACAGCGAAUGCUUUAUCGGUCACUUGAUGGACGAGUGUGUUUUGGUGGACAACCCAUGCCCUAGGGAUAUGGUCCUCAACAACAUCCGGGAGAUGCAGCCCGAUGUUUUCAUCCAUUCUGUGGUAAAUGGAACAUAUGGUGUCCCGUUCUUUUUGACACGGUUCCGGGAGGCACUCUUCUUCUACUCAGCGCUAUUUGACAUGAUUGAUGCGACCAUCCCCAGGGACAAUGAUGAACGGCUGCUGAUUGAGCGGGAUAUGUUGGGGAGGUCUGCCCUGAAUGUGAUUGCUUGUGAGGGUGCAGACCGGGUGGAACGUCCUGAGACUUAUAGGCAAUGGCAGGUGCGAAACCACCGGGCUGGGCUGAGGCAGCUACCAUUGAAUCCAGAGGUUAUCAAGGUUGCCAGUGACAAGGUCAAGAACUUUUAUCACAGAGACUUUCUCAUCGAUGUGGAUAACCUUUGGUUGCUUCUGGGAUGGAAGGGGCGGGUGCUCCAUGCCAUGUCAACAUGGGUUGCUGAGGAUAAUAAGCACGUCUUUUAG